CGUCGUGCGCUCCGCACCCACACAGGGCCUGAUGGACUGAACAUCCCCAUGGGCAGCCCACGCGGGCUUUCCGAUACUUCCACUCUCCCGCCGCCAAGUUUGCGCUCGUAGCUGCGGUGGCGAGCGCGAGGAGGACGAGGAGGAGGAGCUGGGAGCGCCGCCUCGGCUCCAGCGGGCUGAGGGCUGCGCAGGGGGAGGCGGAGCCAGCCCGGGGCGCGGCGCUCGUCCUCGCCUCGCCCGGCUGGGUCGCCUCUGGCACCGCUUGGCAGCAGCAAAGGCGGGCAGCACAACAGGCAGCUCUGGCCUCUGUGCCCGGGCAGAGCGCGGACGGCAUGGCGGAGCCGGAGGAACCCCCGGCGGCCCCGAGGCAGGAAAACGAGGCAGGGGGACUGGACGGCGGCGUCGGCGGCCCCGUGGAGAUCCGAGUGGCCGCCGCUCCGGACGCCGAAGAGGAGGAGGACGAAGAAGAGGAGGAGGAGGAAGAUCGCCGCCGCGGGGGCCUGUGCCUGACUCCGCUGGGCGGCGGCAGCUGCAGCGAGGACGAUUCCGGCAGAUGCUACGGAGGAGGCGGCGGUGGCGGGUGGAGAUCCAGCGGUGGUGAGAAUGAUGGAGACGACUCAAGCCACAACUGGAAACCCCCCGAGCAAGAGCUGGUCCUGAAACUGGUGGCCCAGAUUGAGUAUUACUUUUCCGACGAGAACCUUGAAAAAGAUGCUUUCCUCCUGAAGCACAUCCGGCGAAACAAGAUGGGGUACGUCAGCGUUAAGCUGCUGACGUCAUUCAAAAAGGUCAAACACUUGACACGUGACUGGAGAACCACGGCGUAUGCGCUGAAAUACUCUGAUGUCCUGGAGCUGAACGAAGACAGCAGAAAGGUUCGCCGGAACUCACCCGUUCCUGUGUUUCCUAGCGAGAAUCUCCCUAGCAAGAUGCUUCUUGUCUAUGACAUCUGCCUGGUUUCUGAUCUCCAUCCUCUCGAUCAGAAGCAAGAGAAUGGAUGUGUUCAAGAGAAGAUGAUGGAGCACCUUCUGAAAGCCUUUGUCGGGUUUGGCGUCAUUUCGUCUGUUCGCAUUCUCAGACCCGGACGGGACCUUCCGCCGGAUAUUAAAAGGUUCAGCAGCCGAUACAGCCAAGUCGGAACCAAAGAGUGUGCGAUCAUAGAGUUUGAAGAGGUCGAUGCAGCGAUAAAAGCUCACGAGUCGAUGGGUAUUUUGGACCAUGAAACUAGUAUGAAAGUUGUCCUCAUUGGGAUGAAGCCACCAAAGAAGAAGGUUUUGAAAGAUAAGAACUGUGAUGAUGACCCCAGCAAGGGUCUUCACAAGACACGGUCCAUGAAUAAGAGAGUUGAAGAGCUUCAGUUUGUUGGUGAUGAAUCUUCGGCCAACAGCUCUUCUGAACCGGAGAGUAAUCCAACCUCUCCCCUGUCAGGCCGCAGAACCAGCUCCUCCAACAUGCUGAGUCCCUGCACCUACCAAAACAACCAUCUUAGCCCCAACGUCUCGCCAAGAUCAAGUCCUUGGAACAGCCCUUCUUCACUGCGUAAGGUUUCCAGGAUGUCUCCGCUUGCCGAAGAUGGCAAGCGUAGCUUAAGCACUAGUCCUGAAAUGGCGAGGAGAUGUGCAGAUUACUCAUCUGACAGCAGCAUUACCCCUUCAAGUAGUCCCUGGGUUCAAAGGAGACGGCAAGCUCAGACUCUGACGCAGGAGAAAAGUCCAGUUGGUAGCCCAAUGCUAGGUCCCAAAAUUCAGUCUGCGGAUGGGCUACCUGUUGGAGUACUUCGUUUACCAAAAGGGCCAGAUGGUACAAAGGGAUUCCAUAUUGGGUACGAAAGGAAUAAACCCACCAAGGACUAAUAGGUUUUGUGCAGAAAGUUGGACAAAAAUAAUGAACCAGUCAUUGGAUUAUUCCAGUGCUGAAUAUCUUCAGUGACUUGGAUCAAGGCAGUAUUUCAUUUUUUAAAAUGUUUUCUAUCAGUGUAGCUUUGUACAUUUGUAUUUGCACAUAAUCAACAAACUGUAUUUGUUCUAACGUUUCUUCCGUGUCCAUGCAUUUUACUUUUUUAUGCCAGGUUUCCCAGACAUUUCAUGGGAAGAAGUUAUUUUGCAAAGCUCAGAUUCUCAACAUGGCAAAGUGCAAAUAUAUUUAGUUGUCGCACAAGUCUUGAGUUGUACCAGAUGGUUUGCUGUUAUGCUGAAGUCUGUCUCGGGUUUUUGGUUUUUGGUUUGGGUUUUUUUGCAAUGUCUUGAAAGGAACUCUUGAGUUUCAGAUAUUUGAGUUUCUAGUAUCUUGCCUAAUGUUCCAAAGAUACUUCCUAGUAUAUGGUACAACCAAAAAGUGUAUUUUUGGUGGUAUGAAUUAAAAAUGUGAACACUCAAAA